AUGCCGCCUCCACACCAAGAGAACCUGCGAGUCCUCGCCAUAAUCCUCAUAAUCUUUUGGCUUACCACGUCGUCCGGUGAUGGGCAGGCCGGCUACUUUGCCACCCCGUUCCUGACACAGGAGCGUCUCGCCCGCCAGCGCCACUCGUAUUCCGUCCUCAACUCGACGAAAUGGGGCGACUUCAACCCACGCCAGCAGGGUGACCCGCCGAACGGGACCGAGCACACGCGGUACAUCAACAUCACCGGCUUCAGGCAGGCUGACGGCCUCGCAUGGGAAGACCUGGGCCUGUUUAGGGAGCGCUGCCUGGAGACCAGUCGGAACACAAGCCCUUUCCGUCUGAAGCCGAGGGCUGCGGAUGGCGAACCCGUCCUCGAAACUGGAGAUGACGGGGCACCGGCAAAGUCUUUGUGGGACAUGGUCGGCACCCCAACGUGGUUGAACGCGACGGGCUUGGUGAAGGGGGAUUGGACCCGAAGAGAAGCGUCUUCCUCUAGGACUUGGUCCGACUAUAACUUUACAGCAAUGACGCCUGGCGUCACCUGGGGUGGGACUCACGGCGAGUGGAGUAGAAACGUGACUGGUUCUGAGGGGACUAUGCAGCUACGGGUCGAGGACAAGAAGCGACACAUGGAAUACGACGAGGCCAUUGGCGAGCAUCAUCACCUCAGUACAGGUGGCUCGGUCCGUGAGGUUGCCGCCGGCCUGAUAAUCGAGGACUCGGCCCAUGAUGGAAGUGGAGGCCAGUACGAGAUGAGGCUACAUGGGGUCCACUGGCCGGCGCAGGGCAACAUGUUGCUUACCACGACCAGCGAGAAGUUUGGAGGAAUAUUUGGUCUCCCACACCUGACCCCCGACGAGAGCUUCUUCGAAUCGAGCCAACAGUUGCUGAACCAGACCGUACAUGAGGUCCUCAGCAAGAAGGAGCGAUCGGCUUUUACGGACCAAAACAACCCCUGGGCUUCAAGCGUCGGGGGUGUGGAGGACUCGUGGAACCCCUCGCCGCAUUGCGAAUGGGUCGUCUACCUGCAGGUCCACCCACUGAACGGCAAUGACUUGCAGCAUACAGGCAACAACAUGGGCGACGUGGUCAAGGAGAUCGAGAAGGAGCUGCGAUAUCCUACUGGAGCCCCGCUGCCUCAUGUGCCCGACAUGAGAAUGUCCGCCGUGCUCUAUUCGCCGGACUGUGCCUACUUCCUGGAAUCCAAGGGCCCGCCGCAUUUUCCUCAGGCUCAGGGAAAUCAUCUGGUCGGUUUCAAAGAGGAAGUGUGGAUAUCAAACCUGAACUUCUAUCUCUUGGCCAUGGCUGCCAUUGUGUUUGGCCAGGUUCACCUGCUCAAGUCACAGAUGAGGGAGUCGUAUACUCCGUCCACCAUGGGUCGGGUCAGUUUCUGGACGAUUAUCAUCAUGGUGCUAGUCGAUGGCAUGAUGUUCACUGUUGCCGCCGCGCUAAGCCUUGACUCCCCAUUCUUUCUCCGGGCGCUGAUCUUGACUUUUGCCCUGUUCAUGUCCAUGAUGAUUGGAGGCAGUUUCCUCGGUGAAAUUUACAAGGUCCAAGAGUCCGAAUGGCGGCCGCGAGAGCGCGAACAUACUCCAAACAAUACCACACCGAGGCCGCCCUCAACGCCUGCAGCACCCGAAGACUCGCUACCUCGGCCAGUCACUGCGGGGCCUGCAGGAGCUGUCAGCCCUCCGAUUAUCGUCCCGUUUGAUCAGGACAUCGACGCUGAGAUCGCGGAGAACGCGGCUGCAGGAGCAGCAGCUGUGCCCACCAUGGGCACAACAGGUGCCGGCGCGCAGCAGUCGAGAGUGACGCCGUUCUCGAGCAUCAUCGGCCGGCUCUUCCUCGCCGGCUCAUGUAUAAGCUUCCUCUCCCUUGCCGCCAAUUCGUGGUGGAAGCCACUGCGGAGCUUCUACGUAAACACCCUGGUAUUCGCCUACCUGUCUCUGUGGGUUCCUCAGAUCAUCCGCAACAUGUAUCGGAACAGCCGCCGUGCCUUCUCAUGGCGCUUCAUGAUCGGCCAGUCGGUCCUGCGGAUCCUGCCGGUUGCGUACUUCUACCUGCGCAAGCGCAACGUGAUUUUCGCCGAGACGGACUGGAUGGCAUUCCUCAUCGUGGCCGGGUGGCUGUGGACUCAGCUAUGGGUGCUGGCGUUCCAAGACGUACUCGGCCCACGCUUCGGCAUGCCCAAGGGCUGGAUGCCCGAGGCCUGGGACUACCAUCCCAUCCUGCGUGAGGACAAUCUCGAGGCUGGCGGACUACCGAUAGGGCUGGUACCUUCUACCUCCAACCCCGGCUCUCCCACCCUGGAGCGCGUGCGCUCUCUUAGUCUGAGUAGCGCGGAGGGCAGGGAGAAGAGCACGACGGCGGUGAAGGGGAUGCGUAUCCGGGCCAUCGAGUGCGCCAUCUGUCAGGAGGCCCUGGAGGUGCCGGUCGUCAAGGCAGGGCAGGUUGUCGAGCCUGCUGGCGGUGGUGUUCCCGGCGUGCUAGAGCGGAGGAAAUACAUGGUCACGCCGUGUAGGCAUAUUUUCCACAGCGUGGAUGAGUCUUCCUGGUAUCUAGCCGACUUCCGCCAGCCCCUGGUUUCUCUGUGCCUGGUGUCAAGGCGCCUCCGCCACGUUGCCCAGCAGGUAUUGCACCACGAAUUCGUGCUUGGGUAUGGAGACUCAUGGAGGUCGCCCUCUUUCUCCUGGGACAGGCGGCUCACAUCCUUCCUGCGGACCAUUGGUGAGCGGCCCGAUCUCGCAGCCGCCGUGAGAAGGGUAUCGCUGCACCCGAACCUGCUGGACGCCACCGAGUUGGGCGACGUCGCGGCUGUCGUUGACGUCCGGCGGAAGGGGCGUGGUCUCGGCCUCGAGAUCCAGGACGAGUCGAGGCCGCCGCGCUACCAGGGCCGUCAUGGCGAGCUGAAGAGGCCGUUGGUAGAUUACAGGCCGACUCCAGGUAUGGUUUGUGUGAAACCGGUCAUGCCGUAUGGCAGGAGACUUCGCAUGCGGCAUGUGGAUGACUAUACGUGUGACGACAGCUUCCGCGAGAGGCACGCGCUCGGUCUCGAAAUGCUAGCGAUCCUUAUAGGCAGUCUACCAAGUGUCGAGCGCCUAAGCAUCCAGCAGAGUAUAGUCGACUACGAAACCCCUUACCUAUCAGCCUUAGGGUCAAUCUCUUUGAACAAACGGCUACGCCUUCUCAAGACUCUUGACAUCGCAGCGCAUGACUACAUGUACGAGACGAUGCUCCGGGUGCCGUUGCAGGCGGCGGGAAUACUGGAGCUGGCCAAGGACACAUUGCAGACCCUCAACCUUCACAUGUGCAGAGGCUUUUGGACUGACCGUGAGCAAGCACCUAUCUUCAAGUCGCUCAAGACUCUUCGCCUGACCGGCAGUCGACUCGGGGACAAAGAGCUCGAUGUGCUACUUUCGUGCUGCACCGCCGGCCUCACAUCCUUCACCUACGAAGCUUCCGGGUCCUUCCGUCCUUCUUUUGGUUCGGAUGAUGUUAGUGAAUUCCACCCACCAGAAGCCAUCAAAGCCCUGAGGAUACAUUCGCGCACGCUCAAAACCCUGCACCUCGAUUUGAGGCGAGUCCAAAGGAACCCCCCGGUGCAGCCUCUGCUCCCGGCUAGCCUGGCGGACUUCACCGCGCUGGAGGAUCUCUUUCUCAGCCUCAAUACACUCUGGAUAGAGCAUUUCACGCUCCAGACAGGGGAAUGGAGAGGUCUACCCGAGGGGAUCCUGGCCUCCCCACAGCUUCCAGAACUCCUCCCCCCGAAUGUGAAAUCACUGGAUAUUGCCGGCCGCCACCGUUACAAGAACCUGGCGGAACUUUCCACCCGCCUCCUCGGCCUCGCCAGAGCCGUAGCAGAGGACGGGAAGCUGCACAGGCUGCGGAAAGUCAGGUGCGAUUCCAAGUUCAAGCGAGGACUCGACAAAGGACUUGGACCGGACAUCGAUGGCCUUUUCCAGGGCGCAGGCGUGGAUUUCGGGUUCGGUUGCUGGCCGCUGAGCGAGACUACCAUCACCCACGCCGUUAUGGACCUCCCGGCCCCGCUGAGGCGGGGGGAAGAUCACCCUACGCUGAUCGAAUACUUCGAUGAUGAAGAGCAUAUGCGAGAAAAGCGUGAGGAGGCUGAACGGAGCAGAGCUGGUGCGUAA